AUGACUCUACCGGUCGCCUGUCCUCCUCUGUCUGCUUGCUCUUCUGAACCGCCUACGCUUCCACAGCGCAAGCGACGUCGUCGAGCGCCGGCGAGUGGUGCCUUGGACGACUGCUUCGCCUGCACCAAGAGAAACGUCAAAUGCGAUCGCAGGAGACCCUACUGCUCGCCCUGUCUGGAGGUCGGGAAGGAAUGUUCAGGAUACAAAACCCAGUUGACGUGGGGGGUUGGGGUCGCAAGUCGAGGAAAACUCCGCGGCCUGUCUCUGCCCGUGGCCAGGUCCGCUCCCGCGCCCAGGAGCCCGCCGACGCCGAACCGACCACGAAGGAUUUCCCAUGCCAGUGGAUCCAAAGCCCUCGAGGGCGACGAGGUCAAGAUCAAGAGAGAGGAGCCGUCGUCUCGGGCUUCCAUCCCCGCCAGCCCGUACACGACGUAUGACUUUGUCAACAUGGCCCCCCAGGGGGUGAGUCCUCCAAUACACCACGAGUACCAGGACCACCAGGAACAUCACGAUCACCACGACCGCAUGCCCGAAUGGAACCUGGCUGUCUCUCACGAGUAUCACCCGCUCCCGGAUUACCACCAACAAAACCACCACCACAACCACCACCACCACCAGGAAGGUAUGAGCCAUCAGAGACAACUGCCGCAACUGCAUCGACUGCACACCUUCAGCUUAGGGAGAGCCGAUGCUAUCGGGCUGGGAAGCUCCAUCGACUCGCUCAGCACAUCCUACGCUGAGAGCGACGAUUAUGCUCCUUCUCCCAUCAGCCAGUCCUUCCCCGACGACGCCUCAUACAUGCACAGCCCGAUCACGAUGUACAACAACAACAACAACAACUACUCUUCGAGGAACUCGGUUACAGACAGUCCGGCUGCGGGUUUCAUGGCUGAUUCACGUGGUCCAACUUCGUGUCCGGAACACUACUACGCCUCGUCGGAGAUCAGCUCGAGCAUCAGUUCUCACCAGAAUCACUACGAUGUGAUCGAGAAUCGUCAGCAGCAGUCACCCCCCGGCGCCCGAGGUCUCUUCUACGACGACGAUAUGCUCGGGUCCAUGCCUGCGUCAGAAUGCGACAUGUACGCUACCAGUGCUCGAGCAAGUCACUUUGGCUGGACUUCAGUCAGUGAUGAUGAUGCUCGUUCUCAAACCGCUUCGGAAACAGACCCAUACAACCUGGGUCACGAAUCCAGGUCUUCCUCUUACUCUUCGGAAAUGUCUCCUCGGGUGUCCUUCUUCCUGGAUUACUACGAGAAGAUCAUCUGCCCGUCGGUCGUUUUCAUCGACAGCCCCGAGAACCCUUACCGAGAACAGAUUCUCGCCCUCGCUGCUACCAGCAAGAGCUUGCAACAUGCGAUCUGUGCUCUUGCAGCUUGCAAUCUUCGCAUGAAGCGAAAACAAUCGUUAGGCCAGGAUCACUGGCGACUAGCACCCCUGGAACUCGAAUUUCAAGACUGGAUCAGCGGUGGCUCGCGUCCUGUGCCUGUUCAAAGGUCGUCAAACCACCCCUUGUCCCCCAAUACUCCUCCGCCCUCAGACUCGUCGGUUUAUGAGGAGCACCAACACAGAACAUUAGCAGUCCAUCUCCUCAACCAGCAACUCAGCGACCCGCACAAGGCUCGACAUGAUUGCGUCCUUGCUACACUCUUCAUCCUUUGCCACUACCGCAUGUGCGAAUCCGGCAUCGCCCAGUUCCGAACCCAGUUCGCAGGUGUCAAGAAGAUUCUUGGCAUGCGUGACUCGGGCGUCGAGACUGGGAAUUGGGGCUGGAUGGAAACCCUCUUCACGUUCUACGACGGGAUUUCAGCCAGCAUCAAUAAUCGUGAAGCCCAACUCCGAGGCGGCUACCUCGAGAUGAUCGCCAACCCCGUGCACCCCAACCACGCCCUCGAGAACUUCGCCGGCUGCGAUUCCGUGCUCUUCAAAGUCAUCGGCAAGCUCGGCCGCCUCAACAUGCUCUCUCAACACCGCCCAGUCCUCGAUCUCCAUGCCGACUCCUUUGAUAUGGAACCCCGCCGCCCAAUUCUCCCACGCCCGCGACCUGGCUUGGCCGGUCAAGCCCUAGCCGACUUCUACAACCUCCACGCGCACAACUUCGACGGUAACGGCUUCGCUUCCACUCUCGACGACGAUGCCUCCUUCUCAGCUCUCGCAUCAACAUCGUCCCACGACGGCAUGCGCACUACAUUCUGGGCCGAGUGGAAAGCUGCUCGUCUCGCUUUGCAAAACUGGGAAUUCGACCCUAUCCGCCUCGUCGCUACCCUGCCCGUCACACCUUCUCCAACGCAACUCCGCGACCUCGGAUACAUCUCAGAGGCAUUCCGCUACGCCGCUCUAUUGUAUACCGAGCGCCUCGCCUGUCCUAACAUACCCUCGUCGCAUCUCAACCUCCAAAACCUCGUCUCGCAAGUACUAUAUUACGUCACGAGUCUGGAGCAGGGGAGUGGCGCGGAGAAAUUCUUGUUGUGGCCCUUGUUCAUCAGUGGGAGCGAGUGUGUGAACGAGCUACAGCAGGGUAUCGUGCGCACCAAGUGUCGGGAGAUUAUGGGGCGCAGCGGGUACCUUAAUAAUCUUGCGGGCCAGGAGGUACUGGAGAAGUUGUGGGCGGAGAACGAGGGCAUGAAGAGAAACGGGGAUUUCGGGACGCCGUUUCGCUGGAGCAGGUAUAUGGAGGGGUCUGAUGGGGAGUGGAUCAUGGUGUGA